AUGCGGACAGCCUGGUCAAGCAGGCAUCGCGUGUGGUGGGGCUGGAGCUCGGAUCUUUCCACAAAGGUCUGCACAUUCCCGACGAUAUUCGAAACCUUGGUGAGCUCCCUCUGUGUAACCUUCGCUGUAGGGUAG